ACCCCACAGAAGUGCCGCUCUAGUCAGAGGGGGGAGGAGACUGCCUCUCGCCUGCGCCGGUGGCAGCCUGGCAGCCGCGCUGGGCUAGGUGCUGCCUGGCGGGGAGGAUGCUGAGGCUGCAGGCGCCGGGGAGCUGAGCUGGCGCUGGCUUUGGGAGGGAGGCUGUUCUCCCAGACACUCAGAGCGAGCGGCUUGGCUGGAGCCUCCCUCCGGAGCUGGCAGCCCGGCUCGGCUCGGGCAGGAAGGCGGCAGGAGCAGCGUGCGGUGCUGAGGACAGAGGAGGGAAGCGGGCAUCCUCGGGGCAGGCGGCGGUCCCGCGGGAGACCUCGCCUCCCGGCCGCUCUGACGGUGGGUCCGGCGGCUCCUGCCCGGAUGCUGGGCUCGCAGGCGCGGCCGGAGCUGGAGAGAGACUUCCUUCCGCAGAGACCCCGCCCGGCAGCGCCCAGGCACCUCCGGAGCCUCUACUCUGGAGAUUCUGACUGGAAAGCAGACCUUCUUUCCUGCUGAGUUUAUGGGAAACUUUGCCUUCAGAAAGUGGAAAUGAGGUUGCUAUGGAAACUGGUAAUUCUGCUGCCACUCAUCACUGCUUGCGCAGGUGACGGUCCUUUCAGCCGCCCCGUCUUCACGCAGGAGCCCCAGGACGUCACGCUCCCUUUGGCUUCGUCACAGUCGGAAGUCACCCUGCGCUGCGCCGCCAACGGUUACCCUCCACCCCAUUUCAGGUGGAGGCAAAAUGGCACAGACCUGGAUUUCUCCAUGAGUUCGCACCACCGGUUGGACGGAGGCAACUUGGCAAUCAGCAGCCCGCGCUGGGACCAGGACACGGGCACUUACCAGUGCCUGGCCACCAACCCGCUGGGCACGGCUCUGAGUCGGAAGGCGAAGCUCCAGUUUGCAUAUAUCGAAGACUUUGAGACCAAAACGAGAAGCGCGGUGUCCGUCCGAGAAGGUCAAGGCGUGGUGCUCCUCUGCGGGCCACCACCACACUUUGGAGAUUUAUCUUACGCAUGGACCUUCAACGAUAACCCUUUGCACGUCCAAGAGGACAACAGGCGGUUUGUUUCUCAAGAGACAGGCAACCUGUACAUCGCCAAAGUGGAGCCGUCCGAUGUGGGCAACUACACCUGCUUCGUAACAAACAGGGAAGCGCGGAGAAGUGUCCGAGGCCCACCCACGCCCCUGGUGCAGCGGCCUGAUGGUGUGAUGGGGGAAUAUGAACCAAAGAUCGAAGUGCGUUUUCCUGACACUGUACAAGCCACAAAGGAUUCGUCUGUAAAACUGGAAUGCUUUGCCCUUGGAAAUCCAGUCCCCGAUAUUAGUUGGAGGAGGUUGGACGGAAGCCCGUUGCCAGGGAAAGUCAAGUACAGCAAAUCCCAGGCUACCCUUGAAAUCCCGAACUUUCAACAGGAAGACGAAGGCUUCUACGAAUGCACUGCAGGCAACCUGCGCGGGAGGAACCUGGCGAAGGGCCGGCUCGUUUUCUACGCCCCUCCAGAAUGGGAACAAAAAAUCCAGGACACAUAUCUGUCCAUUUAUGACAGCUUGUUUUGGGAAUGCAAAGCCAGAGGAAAGCCCCGGCCUUGGUACACCUGGUUAAAGAAUGGUGAGCGCCUCGGUGCAGAGGAAAGAAUUCAAGUAGAAAAUGGGACACUCACCAUAACUAUGCUGAAUGUGUCUGACUCUGGUGUCUACCAGUGCGCUGCCGAAAACAAACACCACACAAUCUAUGCAAACGCGGAGCUGAGAGUAUUAGCUUCAGCUCCUGAUUUCUCCAAAAAUCCCAUUAAAAAAACUUCAGUGGUUCAAGUUGGCGGGGAUGUUGCCAUUGAGUGCAGACCGCGGGCCUUCCCCAGGGCCACCGUCUCCUGGAGCCGAGGCGCGCGGGGCCUGGGGCGCAGCCGAAGAGUGUUUGUCUUGGAGGACGGCAGCCUGAAGAUCCAGAAUGCCAGCAGGUCGGAUGCCGGGCCCUACACCUGCAUGGCCACCAACCCCUUCGGGGUGGCAAGGAGUACUGGCGGCCUCGUGGUGAAAGAACGGACGAUUAUCACGGAGCCACCUUCCCCAAUGGAUGUCACCGUGGGCGAGAGCAUCGUCCUGACCUGCCAGGUGUCCCACGACCCCUCCUUGGAGGUCGCAUUUGUUUGGUCUUUCAAUGGACACAUCAUAGACUUAAAAAAGGAUGCGGCUCAUUUUGAAAGGAUUGGAGGAGGAUCUGUGGGAGACCUGAUGAUAAGGAAUAUCCAGUUAAGUCACUCAGGGAGAUAUCUCUGCGCAGUGACAACAGCCCUAGAGAACUUGUCGGCUGUGGCUGAAAUCAUUGUCAGAGGCCCCCCAGGUCCCCCCGAGGAGGUGAGGGUAGAACACAUUUCCAGCACCACGUCCCAGCUCAGCUGGCAGCCUGGCUCGGACAAUAACAGCCCCAUCCAGAUAUUCACCGUCCAGGCACGGACGCCGUUUUCUGUGGGGUGGCAGGCUGUCUCCACGGUUCCAGAGAUUCUCAACGGUCAGACAUACAAUGCAACCGUGGUGGGCCUGAUUCCCUGGGUGGAAUACGAGUUUCGUGUCCUUGCUGGGAACAGCAUAGGGAUUGGAGAGCCAAGCAAAGCAUCCGAAUUGCUGAGAACCAAAGCAUCCGUCCCCAUUGUGGCUCCAACCAACAUCCAGGGAGGAGGAGGAAGCCGGUCUGAACUGGUCGUUACCUGGGAGCCCAUCCCGGAGGAACUGCAGAGUGGCGGGGAGUUUGGCUACCUGGUCAUGCUGCGGCCCGUGGGCUCGGCCAUCUGGACCAAGGAGAGAGUCCCGUCCGUGGAGGCAUCGAGAUUCGUGUACAGAAACGAAAGCAUCACCCCGCUCUCUCCCUUCGAGGUCAAAGUGGGCGUGUACAACAGCGAGGGGGAAGGGGCCUCGCUGAGCACCGUGUCCAUCGUCUACUCCGGGGAGGACGAGCCUCAGCUGGCCCCUCGGGGAACCUCUGCCCAGAGUUUCUCUGCUUCUGAGAUGGAGGUUUCAUGGACGGCCAUUGCCUGGAACAGAAUCACGGGCCGCGUGCUGGGCUACGAGGUCUUAUACUGGACGGACGACUCCAGGGAACCCAUGAUUGGUAAGGUCAGAGUCCAUGGAAACGUCACAACCAAGACCAUCAUGGGGCUGAAGGCCAACACCAUCUACUUUGCCUCCGUCAGAGCUUACAACACGGGUGGGACGGGGCCCUCAAGCCCCCCAGUCAACGUCACGACCAAGAAGUCCCCUCCUAGCCAACCCCCAGCUAACAUUGCGUGGAAGCUGACUAACUCCAAAUUAUGCCUGAACUGGGAGCACGUGAAAACCAUGGAAAAUGAGUCUGAAGUCCUGGGCUACAAGAUUCUGUACCGACAAAACCGACAGAGUAAAACCCACAUUUUGGAGACAAACAACACAUCAGCUGAGCUACUGGUCCCAUUCGAAGAGGACUACCUGAUUGAGAUAAGGACAGUCAGCGACGGUGGGGACGGAAGCAGCAGCGAGGAGAUCAGGAUUCCAAAAAUGUCCAGUUUGAGUUCCAGAGGAGUCCCAGUUUGGGAACCCAGCAUCCACUUCCUGUCUGUUGUCAUAUUUUUUACUGUUUUACUAUUCAGCCACUUGAACGAUGAAUGAAUCCAUAAAUCUUGUGAGGCUUCUGAAGGCAAAUCAUUCUGUAAAUACCCUCUCCAGCCCAUCCCCAGAUGCAUUCUUAAUACAGACUUGUUUGGAAAGAAAAGAAAAAAAGUAUAUUAUUAAGAGCUUGUAAAUAUCUAUGGUACAGUAAUAAAGCAAUUUAAACCCUUUUGAAUUUUAAAGUUUGAACAUGAUUACACACGUUCAGGAGGUGCCAAAUUAAUCUGUGGACUUCUAACUGCUGUGGCUUUUAAAUGACUUGUAUGCAGAGUAUAAAUAAGUCCCCUUGAUGAGGAAGAUAAAUAGGAAAUAGAUUGCAGCUAUCAGAGCUAAAAUGUACAUUUUUUUACUUGCUCUUGGCAAUGUACUUCAGUAUUCAGUUUUCACCCUACUCAGAAAUAAAAUAAGAGGCUGUGCGUAUGGCUGGGAUGAUUUAAAAUGUGAGCAAUCCAAGGGUGAUAUGCUUCGAUCUCUGAAUCAAGUGGAGACAAGAAAUAGUUGAACCCAAUAAUAAAUCCAUGUACAUGAUCUUCCCAACACAGUUUUAGGAGGUUCAGUAUUAAUCAUGGCAGAAGAAGGGCCUUAUGGCAAAGAAAAAGAAAAGGGAAGUAAACACCCACCUAAAAUAUUCUACAAACUCUGGAACACAGUAAUCCAUUCUUCAUAGUAAAGUUUAUUUUUUCAAACAAUUCUGUGUUCUGCCAAGGAAAAGGCUGCAUGAACAGAUCUUAGGAAAUUAUUAUGAGUUGUUAGCAAUGGAUGUGGCCUUCAUUUUGUACAAGAAAUAAAUAUGGGAACAGCAUGAUUUAAGCGGGUUUUUGACAUUUUGGUCCGGCUGUUUCUUUGCCAAUGUUCUGUCCAGCUCUAAAAAUAAUCCCUACACUGGCCAAGGCUGAGAAAGAGGUUUUGGGUUGACUCCUUGCUGGAUGGACCUAUUUCAGUCUGGAGUCCAGUUUUCGGGGUCGAACAGCAUGGAAGAGAACAGGUUACAAGUGGGCUGGGCCAUCUGUGAGGCCAUCCGCUUCCUUCUUGGAGAGCCUGGAGGAAGGUCCUGCCCUCAGGCUGUUCUGACUCCCAGCCCAGCAGGUGUUAUGUCCUGGGAGCGAGGGGUGAGACAGGGUCCCAGUAGUGUUGCCUUGAUAACAUGGUGUGACCUCUUCAUCACGUUGAGAAUACGCAAACUCUCCUCACCACCCUCGAAUCUCACAAUCCUCACAACUGGAUUUUCUCAUUUUUAUUUCUAAGUACUUCAGAGCUGUUCACAGUACACAGCAUUGUCAGCAGCAGAUGGACAGUGACUUGUCAGAGCUGUGACCUUGUCCUGCCCAAGCUUGACUCACACAGUGCAGACUGACCAGCCUUCUGUGCACACCCUGACAGCUGAUGGAGCAAAAUGAAUAAGCAACACAAAUACUGGGGGUACCAGCCGCCUGCCCAAGACAUUGGUAUGGAUCCGAGGAGCCAGCUAUGGCUCACGGUCUAAAUGUUUCCUCAACUUGGGGAGAGACAAGGUUUGUGUCCUCCCCCCACCCCAAACUAGAGAGUGGGGGCUGAAUUGUCUGAGAUUUUUGUUUCUACUGAUCAGGUGAAUUAAAUACAGUCAUUUGUGUGUACAAGUCCAAAAGCUGAGCCAGUUUUUAUCUAUCACUCUUCUACAUUUUCAGGUGGCUUUCAUUCAUAAUUACUUGAGCAUUAAAACUCUAUUACUCAAUAUCUAACAUUAUUUAUACGUUCAUCAAUCCAUACUAAACUUUUCUAAACAUAGUUUGGCCUUAACAGUAAAGAGCAUGCAUCUUUCUCAACUGACGUGCAACUCCACUGGUAGGGAGGCCUCUAGCACCUCCGCUAACAUCCCCGUGUCAGACCCUCAGGACUCAGGGACAUAGUGCACAUGAGUUUUUAUCAUGCCCCAUGGAACACAGUAAGUGCUAAACAGAAAGAAAUCCUCUCAUCUACGGAUUAACCUAAUGAAAUUAGUUACUACACUUUCUUAAGUGCCCAAUAGAUAAUAAAAACUGUCAACCUAUGUUUAUGUCAAAAUCCAAAGCAGCUUCAAGGAAAAUGAGUGGUUCCCUAUUCCUGAUGCUAGGUCACUAAAGAAUGAAGCCAGGUUGGGAGAAUAUCCUGUGUAAUGUAUGUACUCCUCCGUAUUUAGGGAGGUUUCUAGGGAGCCUUUCAUUGACCAAGUCCAUUCCUUUCUCUCUCUCUCUCUCUCUCUCUCUCUCUCUCUCUCUCUCACCCCCACUGUCUAUACUCCAUUUUGGGAUGUCCACUUAUAUACAUUCCCCAUAUGCACACCUGUGAUAAAGUUUUCAAUGUUCAAUGAAAAA